AUGCCCCCCGCAUCUCCGUCACACCCGUCCACCACCUACAUCGACGACGAGGACCUCGCCGUGAAAUGCUGCACGUCAUUCCCGUCGCUCGCCGCGCCAGUAGAAGUCGGCAACAUAGGGUCCGGCCGCGCAGGAACGUCCGUCUUCUUCGCAUGGCCGCUCCUCGGCCCGCUCCUCUUCGAAAACGAGACGAGCGACGCGCGGGACCACUGCGCAAACGAGCGAAGCAAGUAG